UCACAAAGUUGAGGUGAGGAUUAUAUCUAACUCAUUCGAGAGUCAAUCAUUGUUAUAUAAUAACUAUAUGAAGGGUUGUGUCGAGCAGGGGGCGGAACUGUCAGGACCCCUUUCAGCAACGGCGAACAGCACGUUAUGAUUUUUUGACCCAACGCUUUGGAUAAUUUCUUAAUCAAGGAAGAAACCAAGGAAGCAACCAAGGAAGCCCUUUGUUUUAGCACUCUUUGCAAUAGCGAUGGAGUUUUCGGAGCAUAUUAAGACGGCGAAUGUUGAAGAUGUAAUUCUGAGACAACCAUUCCGUCCAUCGAUUAAGGGAACAUUGUGUGUCACUGGCCACCACCUCCUGUUCUCUGACAGAGAAGAGGAUAGUUCCUGGCAACUUCUGUUGCUUCUUCGAAACAUCGAUGCGAUUGAGAAAAGGAUAACGGGAUCCUCUGGCACCAUCACCAUAAAGUGUAAGGAUCUGUGUGUGCUACAUCUGGACAUUCCUGGUAUGGAGCAGUGUCUGAACAUUGCCAGCUCCAUAGAGGCCCUGUCAUCUUUUGAGAAUAUUCCAGAGAUGUAUCCAUUCUUCCAUAGACCUCAGGACCUCAGUCUAGAAGACACAUGGGGCUUGUCUUCAACAGAGGAAGACUUCACCCAUAUGCAGGAGCUGGUGAGCAAGGGUUAUGACAGAUGGAGGUUGAGUCUUGUCAACUCAGAUUUCUCCAUCUGUCCUUCCUACCCCUCUGCAGUCAUCGUUCCUCGUUCUGUAGACGACGAGACACUGGUGAAGGCAGCUAGAUUCAGACAGGGGGGUCGAUUUCCUGUCCUCUGCUACUACCACAGCAAGAAUGGCAUGGUGAUCAUGCGGAGCAGUCAGCCUAUGACUGGAGCCAACAGGAAACGCUGUAGGGAGGACGAGCUCCUCCUCCAAGCUGUGAUUGACGGCUCAGAGUUAGGUUACAUUGUCGACACACGUUCCUCUCAGCAAGCUCAGCAAGCCAGAAUGACAGGCGGUGGGUUUGAAUCCAAGUCCUGUUACAGCCACUGGAAGAGGCUGCAUCGCCACUUAGAGAGGGGUAAAGUACUGCAGGAGAGUUUGAUUAAGCUGGUGGAGGCCUGUGGUGAUCAGUCUCACAGUAUGGACCGCUGGCUCAGUAAGCUGGAGAAUUCCAAAUGGCUCUCUCAUGUCCACUGCACUUUGUCAACAGCAGGUCUAGUUGCAGAGUGUGUGGAGAGGGAUGGUCACUCUGUACUCGUUCAUGGGUCUGAUGGCACGGACACCACACUGUUGGUGACCACUUUGGCUCAGCUCAUCGUGGAUCCACAGUCACGCACCCUCAGGGGGUUCCUGAGAUUGCUGGAGAAAGAGUGGAUUCAGGCAGGUCAUCCCUUCCAGCAGCGCUGUGCCCACUCUGCCUACUCCCACGCUCGGUUAAAGCAGGAGAGCCCGGUCUUCCUACUGCUGCUGGACUGUGUGUGGCAGCUGAGCCGUCAGUUUCCAUUGGCCCUGGAGUUCAAUGAGAUGCUGCUGCUGCGACUUGCCCAGGAAGCCUAUGCCUCUGACUUUGGCACCUUCCUCUGUAACUGUGAACAGGAACGGUGUGCUUUAGGAGUGAAGGAGAAGACUCACUGUUUGUUCCAGUUUCUCCUGAGACCCAGUGAGAGAGAGCAGUUUUUGAAUCCUUUGUAUGAGCACACAGACCUGGCCAUCUGGCCCUGUGUCCAGCCUCAGUCUCUACACCUCUGGAGUGGCUUCUUUCUCAGAUGGACAGAGCAUGCUCAGAAUAUGGAAGAGGCUCGACAAGAGAUCUGGACCAUUGUGAAUCAGUACCGGGAGAAAGCUGGAGUUGAGGAGACCAGCCAAGCGCUAAGCAAACACUGUGAACCUUUAAGUGUUGUUGAGAACCUAAUGGAAGAGCUGACAGUACUGUGAAGUAAAUGGACAUUCGGAGCAAUUCAAGUGCCUCUGGAACUAAAGCCAGUAGUAGCCUGUAUCACUGAUUCUGAUGUGACUAGGCUGACUUUAUGUCAAAACAUGAAUGUGUCCUGAACUGUAUGCGCUCAUUCAUACUCUGUUACUGUGUUUUGCAUUGUUACCUCAUGAGUUAAUACCCUCUAGAUAUAUGGAUGAUGUACAGAUGCAUUGAAAGUUAUGCUGUUGCUUAUUUAUAAUUGAAAUUCUAUAUGACUGUA